AUGAAGAGUCCUGAAUGGAGAGCUGCUGCUCAAAUAGAGUUUGAUGCGCUGGUGAAGAACAACACAUGGACACUUGUUCCUCUCCGAGUGGAAGGAAACUGUGAAGAAGAAGUGCAAGAUAUGAUCACUGGUCUUAAGAAUCAGUUUACACUAAAUAAUCUUGGGCUCUUAAGUUUCUUUUUGGGAAUCGAAUGGGUGGAGGAUGCUAAGGGCCUUCUUACACCUAUGGUCACCAAUUGCAAGCUGGCGGUUGACACUGGAGUACCAGUUGAGGAUGCAACUCAUUAUAGGAGCAUUGUUGGUGCGUUGCAUUACAUUGUUGUCACACGACCAGACAUUGCUUUUGCUGUAAAUAAGGUAGUGAAACGAAUAUUGAGGUAUCUGCAGACUACUGCUGAUUUUGGUUUUUCAGCUUCAUCACAGUUGUCUUUAACAGGCUUUGCUGAUGCGAACUGGGGUCAGAUGCAGAUAGACGAUUGA